AUGCCUUCAAGCUCGGCCGAGACCGAUCGAACUGUCUACGAUCAAGAAAAUAGGAAUAUGGCGGCCACCGAAACUGGUACUGUUGAAGAGUACUUGGGGCAAAAUGCCCCGACUACUGCCAGCAGCAGCUCUGAAAAACAUCACACGUCGGAUCCUGCAAAGGAUAUGGAGAAAGGAAUUCCAGCAGGCAAUGAUGCUUUCAUUGCGGAUCCAAACGUCGUCGACUGGGAUGGACCGGAUGACCCUGCUAAUCCACGGAACUGGUCGAAGGCAUUCAAAAUGGCCAACGUACUGCUUGUCAGUUUGUCCGUGUUAUAUUGCAAUCUUGCAACCACGAUGUUCUCUCCGGGUGCCAAACUCAUGCAGAGCGAGUUCGGCUUCAAUAGUGACACUGUUGAGGUUCUGACAAUCACCAUUGCCUCACUUGGCUUUGCGGUGGGUCAGUUCUUUGUGCCACCCCUCUCUGAGGUUUUUGGACGUGUGCCUGUUUAUCGCGUAAGCUCAAUAUUCUAUCUUGGAUUUACUGCUGGCUGUGCACGAAGUACCCAUGUCGCAGAGUUUCUUGUCUUCCGCCUGUGCACUGGCCUUUCUGCUGCGUCUUACAUGUCAACCGGAGGCGGUACCGUCGCAGACUUGCUGCCAAAGGAGGAGAGAGGAGUAGCAAUGGCUCUGUUUACUGCGGGACCACUUCUUGGGCCGGUUCUUGGCCCUAUUGUUGGAGGAUUUGUGACUGAGAAUCUGAGCUGGAGAUGGACAUUUUAUCUCAUUCUCAUGCUUGCCGGCGCCAUCACAGUUGCCUCUUUCAUAUUUAUGCGUGAAACAAGCGCCGUCACCAUUCUCAAGAAAAACGCCACCCGCUUGCGCAAAGAGACUGGGAAUCCAAACUUGCGCGCAAAGGGCGAUAAGCAGACCCCAAUCAGUCAUCUUAUUGCUCAUGCCGUGACUCGUCCAGCCACUUUCCUUGUCCUCUCACCUGUUCUUUUUCUGAUCUCUCUUUACAUUGCGUUCAAUUUUGGUGUGACCAUGCUGUUGUUUGCGACCUUCCCAAUCGUCUUUGAAACCUACUAUGGCUGGAGUGUUGGUGUCUCCGGUUUGGCAUAUAUUGGUGUCGGCAUCGGCUGUGCCGUUGGUGUAUUGAUCUUUGCCAAUCUUAGUGAUCGCUUACUGCAUGCUGAAGGUGGGAAUUUCCGCGCUGAGCGACGUCUGAUCUUGAUGAUGUGGGUCUCCCCUCUUUUCCCCAUCGGCUUGUUUGUCUAUGGGUGGACAGUGCAGUACCGAGUGCACUGGGUUGUUCCCAUCAUUGGAACAGCUAUCUGUGGACCUGGCGCUGUGGUCAUCAGUUCCUCCGCGCAAACAUAUAUCAUUGAUAUAUUUGGGCCUCAGACAGCCGCAUCAGCCAUGGGUGCCCUCACGAUUCUUCGUAACUUGACAGGAGCAUUCCUGCCCCUUGCCGCUCCGUCGCUCUAUGCUCAUUUAGAUAUGGGCUGGGGAAACAGCGUGCUCGCAUUCAUUACCAUUGGUUUCAUCCCAAUCCCAUUCUUGUUUUACUGGAAGGGAGAGUCGCUGCGUGAGAAGUUUCCAGUCAAGAUUUAA